AUCACAUGAUAUAGAAUUUGUUGUGAGGAUGCCAUGGAACUUGUGAAAAUCGUGUGUAAACCUUCCGUUUAAUUUCCUUAUUCUCCAAACGUAGUGAGUGCAUGAGAUAUUUGGAAUUGCGCGAUAUAUCAUUUAAGAAACCAAAGCUGUUGCGAAAUUCGUGUAUUGUGCAUAUAAAUCAUACAACAGUGUACAUUUGACAAUAAUAUGGGUUUUUUGACUGUUCUGAAGAAAAUGAAAAUUAAAGAAAAAGAAAUCAGAAUACUGAUGUUGGGUUUGGACAACGCUGGAAAAACCACUAUUUUGAAGAAAUUCAAUGGAGAAGAAACUGAUACAAUUUCACCAACUUUAGGGUUUAAUAUUAAAACCCUUGAACACAGAGGAUACAAAUUAAAUGUCUGGGAUGUUGGAGGCCAAAAGUCGCUUCGCUCUUAUUGGAAAAACUACUUUGAAAGUACAGAUGGACUGAUCUGGGUAGUUGAUAGUGCUGACAAGAGAAGACUGGAUGAUUGUAGAAAAGAAUUGCAUGCUCUUCUCAAAGAAGAGAGAUUGGCUGGAGCAACAUUAUUGGUCUUUUCUAAUAAGCAAGAUUUGCCAGGAGCAUUACUUGCAGAAGAAAUCAGAGAUGUACUGGAACUGGAAUCAAUCAAGACUCAUCACUGGCAGAUUGUAUGGUGCAGUGCCAUAACAGGACAAAAUCUGCUUGAAGGAAUUGACUGGCUUAUUGAUGACAUAGCUGCUCGAAUUUUCACAUUGGAUUAGUAAUAUUUUUGGAGACCAGUUUGAAAUUCUUGUGUUAUUAUCCAUUUAACUGUCAGUUACAGUUUUCUGUCACUAAUAUGUUUACUUUCAUAAAUAUGACUAAUUUAUUGUUCUUAUUCACUGAUGGAAAGUGUUUAAUAAAUUAAAAUGAAUGGGUUAUGUGGACUUUCAGUCCUCAAAAAAAUG